AUGACUUCUAAUACUUUCUCAUUUCCGAUCAUAGACAAUAUCCCCUACCUGGUCCAUCCGCAGCCCCUGGCCAAAAUCACCAAGUUAUUACCGUACUCCCACUUGAUUCCCGCUGUAGUUAUCACUAGUGAUGCUAUAUCUUCAGUUGACGAGGUGUCUGCUCUCAUCAAUCGCUUUGCUACUGUGGAUGAUGUCUACACACAGUCCUUCGGAAACACCAUUAUUUUGCAGAGCACUAUAAACAGCAUUUCAUCUAAACUCCUUGCUCAUUUCAAAACUUCCGGGCGCUUCUCUGCUGUAUACCAUACAACCCCAUGCUCCUUGCAAGAUGUUCUUCCUCCGGGGCCGUACUUCCUUUCCCAGGGCUGUAUCUGCCAGGCAUACCGCUUGUACGAAGAUGAACUGGAUAGCUUCAUUUUUAGUGUAGUACCUGAGAACGUUUUGAAUCCAAAGAAGUACCUCGUGCUCCCCUUAGUCAGCCCGAGCGGACUCUGGAGAUAUAUCGCCGUUCCAAGUCGCCUUUAUGCCAAGCCAAGCUCAGAAAAACCUCUUGCAGGAUCACGGAUGGGAAUAAAGGACAUAUUCCGCCUUGAAGGCACUCAAUUAACUAUGAUGAGCAGACCUUGGACCGAGUUGUACGAUCCAGAUGAUGAGAGUGCCGAAUAUACUCAGAAGCUUAUUAGACUCGGAGCAGUGAUUGUGGGGAAGACUAAGAUGACAUCUUUCGCAUCGCCGGAAGAGCCUACGAGCCAAUGGAUUGACUUUCAUUGCCCUGUCAACCCGCGUGGAGAUCGCUAUCAAAGUCCCUCGAGUAGCUCCACGGGCGCUGGUACUUCUCUAGCUGGCUAUGAAUGGCUAGAUUUCUCCAUUGCCGGUGACUCUGCUGGAAGUGUGCGGGCACCUGCGCCCUGUAGUGGGCUCUUUUCUUUGCGCCCUAGCUUCGGGAGUACAUCGAUGAAGGGAAUACCGGCUAAUUCGCCGAUGUUUGAUACCGUGGGCCAAUUCGGUCGCAAUCUAGACGAUCUUUACUACAUCGCGCUACAUACAUUCGAGAAUAUCCAUCAGACAUUCUCCGGAUUUCCUUCUAAGAUACUUUACCCUCGCGAAUUUUAUCCCCUUGCUAACCCAAAGCAACAAGCCCUCACAGAAGAAUUCGUUAGUAUCCUUGAGAACUUCUUGGGUAUUCAACGCACUCCUUUUAGUUUUGUGGAAGAGUGGAACAGGAAUCCUCCGAAUAGCGCGUUUUGGGCAUUAUGUUAUGAUUAUUAUCAUGGUUUUGACCAGUUUCGCGACCAUUAUAAAGCAAAGUUUGGCAAGGAUGCAUUCAUUAGCCCUGUUGUGCGUUUCCGAUGGGGUGUUGGAGAACAAGUCACUUUCGAAGAGUACGAGACUUACCUGAAAGAACUCGAAGUCUUCCGAAAUUGGUUCAGUGAGAAUUUCAUGGGGCCGGAUCCGAAAACUCUUUCCAGUGCCAUUCUUAUUAUGCCCUACGGAGAACCCGACCCGGAGUACCGCGACGACCUAAACCCACCGGCUGGGACUUUCCCUACGAUCGCAGAAAAAUUCAUAUCACCCAUUCUACACGCUCCUCAACUCGUACUACCAUUUGCUCAGAUGCCAUACAACUCUAGAAUUAGUGGAAGGGAUGAAGUCCGGCCUAUAGCCAGCACGAUGAUUGGGGCGAAAGGGAGUGAUCUAAUGUUGAUCAAACUCGCAACCGAAGCGUUUAAGAAGGCCUCGUGGCCCACAAGCAUCCAGACUGGUCGCUACAUGUACCCCCUUGCUAAUAAUUCAAGGAAUGUCGGGUCAACAACCAUCGACAGCCCCACAACGUAUGAAUCUAAAAGAAGGGCAAUCCAAAAGAUCCAUGAAGAAUUUCACCGCAGUGACUUAGUCACUCCAUGCCCAAGUGGACAUGGUACAACUAAAUUCUGCGUAGUGAUCUGAGACGUCUUAUUCGAGAAAGCGUAUAUUCCUAGAUCAGAAACGGGAUGAAAUAAAGAAGCCUCUAAAGGCGAGACGAUAAACGACACGGCUUACUUCCAUAGUAGGCAGUGUAUUACCCAAAUGACGGUCGUUAAGCAUCAACAUCUCUUGUCUGCGGAGCCCUCUUCCCUUUCAACCCCAUUUUUCUCCGCGUCAUGCUCAACCAAUGCCGUACCGUAGGCCAAAAUAUGGUAGCAUACGUUGCCGCCGAAACCACAACCGCUACUGUUACAAACGUCCAUAACGAUACGGAAUUCCCCUGCAGUUCUUUCACAUUCAUACCAAACAACGUCGCGACAAAUGCUAACGGCACGAAAAACGAGGCUAGCUUAUUCAAUCCAUGGACCUCGCCCUCCUGCGCGAUGCCUCUUUCUCCACAGAGCAACUGCGAGUAGUCCACAAGGAACAACAUCGCAGAAUCGCACUCCUGCCUCAUUAUAAUGCACCGUUGAUGUAGCGCCUCGUGGUCAGUUCGCAGCCUCGUCUGUAGAGCCGCUUUUCGUGCAGCAGUAUCCGUUCCGGGGCGCACUCGAGGCCACGAGGCACAGCCGCCUUGAAUUAUCCAGUGCAUGUUCUCAUCGAGGGCAGACUCAACACGAUGGAUGAUUCUGACGCAGUGGCGCAGGCGCUC